GAGAGCGAUCUUAUGACUGUCCGAAAACUCCCGAAUCAUGUUGCUAUGGAAAGGUUGUGUUUGUCGCCAACAUUUCUGAAGAUCAAAAUGCGAUGGGGUUAAUACUCUCUCACACGAUAUGAUUCUUUCAGCUUGAGCAAUUCGUCGGAAAGUCCGCACAAUUAAAAAAGAUACCUAAGCUCUGUUUCAUAAAAUUGCCUUAUAAUAUUUGUACAUAUAUUGAGUGUUUGUGGACGAGAAGUUGCACUGCUGUGGUUUGCGCUUUGUUUUUAUUUGAUCAAGAACAGUCAUGAAAAACAAAAAGAAGACGACGGACGUUUAUAAGAAGACAUGUUUUCUCUGCUGUCAAGAAUACGGACAACAGGAUGUUGACGAACAUAUGCAUAGUUAUGCUCACCAUCUGGCAAUUGAGGAACUCAAGGGCAGUGAACAAGUGCAUAAGUGUUGGGCCUGUGAUAUAUCCAUGAUGGGACUAGAGCAGUACAAUAAGCAUAUUGCCACUAAUGAGCACAAAAGCAAUCUGCUUAAAUUCCCACAGAAAAGAUGUACACAAAGUCUUCUAGUGAAUUACAUUGUUGAACUUAAUGAUGAUGAGCGUAAAGCCCUUUAUGCCAAAAGAGAGCUACACAGGGACAAACAAAAAGGUCUGAAGAGGUGUUUUGUCUGCCGUGAUUGUUUUCCUGAACAGGAAAUGGACACCCAUAUGCACAAUAUGAUGCACCAUCAGGCAAUUGAGCAACUCAUGGGCAGUGAACAAGUACAUAAGUGUUGGGCCUGUGAUGUAUCUAUGACUGGACUAUGGCUGUACAAGAAGCAUAUUGUGACUUGUGACCACAAACAAAUGCUUUUAAAUCUUCAAAAGAGAAGAAAUGAUGGACAAAAUGAAGUGGACUACAGUGUUGAAAUUGAUGAUGAGCUUAAAGCCCUCUGCAACAAAAGAGACAAAAAAAAAAAUUUGAAAAUGCAAGCCAAAUUUCUCAAGUGGAUGGAUGCAAGGGCAAAAUUUAAGAAUGCCAAGAUUAAAACAAGUGUGGAGUUCACAAGUAACAAUGUGCCAUCAUCUUCCAAUCUCAACUCCUCUUGGGGAAAGUUAGAACCGAACGUUGCAGCCUCCAUGCAGCUGAUCCACAAAAUUCCAAAAAGGAGAAUAGAGGGCACACCUGAUAUGGAUAGUUUAAGUGGUACCCUUGUGAAAAGACCUUGUCUUGAGGUUCCAUCAGAGAAUUUAUCACAAGAAAUGUCUACUUGUGGCACAUGUCCCAGCCCUGAUGGAAAAGUGUCCAAUGUGUGUACAACUGAAAAUGAACUUGGUGUCUCUGCUGAGCCUAUGUGUGCCCCUGAAAUGGUCAGAGGAGAUGAGUGUCAUAUUUCUACAAUGCUUGGGACUAUUCCUAAAUCAUUGGACAAUCAGGGUCAUAAAGACAAGCAUGUCAAGAAAAAAGGAAGGCCUGUCAAAGGAUGGAUAUCCAAACAAUCUAUUAACCACCUUGACCGUGAGAAGAAUAUAGAGGAGUCCUGUUCAAGUGAUGUGAUCUCCGCAUUGAGAAGCCAUAAACAAGGAGAGAUUAAGUCAAAUUCAUUGUUACAAGCUGUGGAUAUAAGCACAUUAGCAGAGAAUAGAAAUGAGAUGGUUCCUUCUGAAAAUAAACAAGCUGCUGCGCUGAGCUGCUCCUCAAGCCAGACGGAGCUCAACAAGCCCAGCUGGCGAGCAGCCGGAGGGGUUUCUUCACUACUGAGGGGCAAGUGUCUUCAAACAUCCAAGAGCAAACUGCAACAGGAACUGGACAAUUCAAGAGAAAGCCUUCAUGGACAAAAGCCAUACGUUUUCCCUGUUUCAUCUGAAACUUCACUGGCAAAGAGGUUUGAGAGUCCGACUUCAGGAACCUACAAUACAGAUGAUUGCCAAAUAAAAGAGAACUGUGAAGAAGUUCAGCCUCAUUAUACAGUGUGUGUUAAAGGCACAGAACUGAAGGAUCUCAACUGCUUUGAAACUGCCUCUUGGCAAACCAAGAGGAAAAAAACGAAUAUUUCAAAUACUAUUCAACUGAAUCCUAAAACAAACACAUCAUCUAAAAAAAAGCAUCUGAAUGAAUUAAUGACACAGUCUUUGAGAGAAGAGGAGCUGAAUAGCUCUUUGGAGAAUGUAGGUGACCAGCUGCUCAAAGCAUAUUCCACCCUGCAGUACGCUUACACAGAAGUUCAGCAUCUUCUAGCAGUUAAACAACAGGUGUCCUCAGAAAUGGGAUUUCUCAGGACAAAGCGCAUAAAGAUCCUGAAGGACCUGAAGAAUACCAGCGAUUCCGACACUUCAGUUGGAGAGUGUUCCACAUACUCAGACCAGCAGGAGACCCUAAACGCCUCCUAACAACUUGGUGAACAUCAGAAGAAAGAUUUCUCUUACACACCUAGUGAGCCUUGCUGAGCAGCUGUGCCACAGGGCCCAAUUCCAGCAAUUACCAGUAUCUUGACUGUGCCCGUCUUUAAAUUGCAGCACAAAAUUGACCUCUCCAAGCAUGCAUCUCAUCUGAGAGCACUGGCUACAUUGUAAAGACAAUGAUAAACCAAGAUUAGUGCAGUGAUCUACCUUAGAAGAGUAAGCAACCCAUGCCAAGAAAUAUACAAACGCUUUUCAUAAAAAGUGUCAGUUGUUAUGUAUUACCUUUUGAUGUUGUGCACCUAUUGAGGAAAUAAUUUUAAACAACUUGAUCAAAUUCUGAAAAAGUAUUAUUCAAUUCACUUUGUGCUAUACUUCUGCCAAUAGUCUUGUGUGUAAAAAAAUGCAGACUUUAACCAAAAUGUUCAAUAAAAUUG